UGUACUAACAUGUAACAGCUUGAUACUUUGCAAAUAGUUGCGCACUUAUGUAUUACUUAUGAUUAUGUUAGCUAUUAUCUCUAAGAUAGUCGUGCACGUAAAAAAACCAUCCAGCGAGUCUUAAAAGAAUGUUGAACCCUAGACCUUGUAUCUAAAUGUUGGAAAUUGCUUUUACUUCAGCUCUGCUGUUGUCAUGAAAGAGAGUGUGUUGAAUGAAAUCAUUGCACUUGCGUGUGUAUACGCUAAAAAAUAAGCACAUCUUAAUCCGAAUAGAAUAAUGUCCUAAAUCAAUAAGAAACACCAAUGUACUUGCUACAAAUUCUGUGUACGUAGUUUCUCAAUUCGUGCAGGUCGUUGUAAUCUGCAAGGGUUGAAUCGAGGCAAAUUGACAAAUUGAUUUUAUUUUUUUUUUUCCUUCUUGUUUUCCGAAAACGUUCAAAAAGGACUUAGGCAACUAUUGUAUGCUGUUAGGUUAACGAUAUGGAGUGCAGCCCGACACAAUAUUUGAUUUGUCUAAUGUUUACAGACAGUUUGUGGCUGUGUCUCCAUUUCUGUCUGAUAAAGUGUUGGCUAACAUCACUGGGAGGUGGUCGUAUUAUUAAAAUGCAUAUUAUUCUCCCACACUAGAAGAAAUAGAAGUCAGUGGAAUGUAUCAAGCAAUUCUUCACUCAAUUUAUAUAAGUCAUAUUACCUCGUUAAAAUAAUACAACAAAUAUUGUGUGUGAUGCCCAAUCGAAGACAUUUUCAAGACCAUACUAACUUUAAAAAUUACGUAGGCACUUCCAAAAAGGGAAUAUCUUGUUGACGGUUCGAAAUCUUGUUGACGGUUCUAAAAAAAUUCCCUUGGGGUGCUCAAAUGAAAACCAGAUGAACAGGCAAUGUUUCAUUAUGAAUUAUCUUAUCUACCACAUGUAAACAGAAGCAAAGCAAUGCAAAACCUGUUAGAGCGUCUGCCUCACAGUUCUGAGGACCGGGGUUCAAUCCCCGGCCCCGCCUGCGUGGCGUUUGCAUCUUCUCCCCGUGCCUGCGUGGGUUCUUUCCGGGCACUCCGGUUUCCUCCCACAUCCCAAAAACAUGCAUAGUAGGUUAAUUGAUAACUCUAAAUUGCCCGUAGGUGUGAAUGUGAGUGUGAAUGGUUGUUUAUAUGCGCACUUGCAAUUUCCUGGCGACCAGUUCAGAGUGUGUCCCGCCUCUCGCCCAGAGUCAGCUGGGAUAGGCGCCAGGACACCCGCAACUCUAGUGAGGAUAUGCGAUGGAGGAGUUUAUAAAUAGUGACAAGGGACGGGUAACCAUCUAUUCCAUCGAAGGCUGUCCACAGUGCCGGCAGGCUAAAGCUAUUCUGGCUGGUUUGGGAGUUCCUGUAUGUGACGUUGAUCUCAAUGAGCAUCCAAAGCUACAGGCCCCUGUGAAGAAGCUGACAGGACGGAUCGCAGUCCCUCAAAUAUUCUUCAACAACCUUUUUAUUGGGGGCAAUGAAAAACUGCAGAAAAUGGCUCCAGAGGAGCUUCAAAAGUUGGUGAAGAUGGUCAAGGAAGAACCUCUUACAGCCGACGCGCUACCGCUACCAGAGAGGAAACCGUCACAGGGUGCUGCUAUGGACACUGAUUGCGGUGAAAAACUUAUUGUCUGUGAGAAAGAUGGCUUGGCUGACCUGGUUGCGGAACUUAAAGAUGCCAAUUUGAUUGGCACUCAGAGAAUGGGGCUGUCUUUGUACAAGAAGAGCUUCUCGAAGGACCAACUACUUGCCUGGCUACAGAACGACAAGGGCAUGGACCAGGGUCAGGCCCUGGGUGUUGGCCAGGGAUUGUUGCUGAAGAAGUACAUGGUCAUUGCCCGAGACCGUGGGGAGUCGGAUAGCAGAUUUGGAGCAGCCAGCAGGGACACGUUGUACAGGUUGAUGGAGGACGACCCGCAUUCAGCGCUGAACGCAGGACAGACGGCAUCCUGCAUCCCUGUCGAGGCGGCUGAAAUCUCCUUGCGUUUACGUGAGCUGAUUCUCAAGUUGUUCUCGGAGCAUCUCUCUGCUGACGGCAAGUCGGUGGACUACAAAGGUAUGUCAGCAAACCCCGUGUUUCGGCACUACUCUGAACUUGCCAUUCAGCUGCAGAGGGUCAAGCUCCACUCGCUGUCCCGGGAGGAGACGCUGGCCUUCUUCAUCAACAUCUACAACGCCUUGGUCAUCCACGGUUACCUCCGCAUGGGGACUCCCACCAACAAGUGGCAGCGAUACAGAUUCUUCAACUACGUCAGCUAUCUGAUUGGUGGGGAAGUCUUCACCUUACAGGAUAUUGAAAAUGGGGUUCUGAGAGGGAACAGGAAAGGUCUGGCGCAGCUUCGAAGACCCUUCUCCAAAACAGACCCACGACUACAAGUGGCGCUCAAAGAUGUAGAACCGCUCAUUCACUUUGCCUUGAACUGUGGUGCAAAAAGCUGCCCCCCCAUCAAGACCUACACACCGCAGGACAUUGACUGCCAGCUCCGUACGGCAGCCGAGGCUUUCUUGGAGAAUGACGACGCCUGCGUGGUAGAUUCGGGGAAAAAAGAAGUCCGACUCAGUCAAAUUUUCAAGUGGUACAAAGUCGACUUUGGAGGAACUGAUGAGAAGCUGCUGAACUGGGUGCUGAAGCACAUGAGCGACUCCCCCAAGAAGACCAGCUUGAAGGGGGUCCUUUCUGCAGGGAAGACCAAAGUCAGCUUCCUCCCGUACGACUGGAGCUCCAACAGCAGUCACUGAAAAUAGGCUGACGUCCUCACAUAGCUCUUUUAUGUUCUGACGAUGGGCUUCCUCUCUCUUCUUCCUCUCUUCUCUACCGUUUAUGCAAAGCCCUUAUCAACGGUGGGAGGGAACCAUUUGCACUUUUCCGUCUAAUUGUACUGCUUUUUCAGGUGUUACACACGCAACACACUGUUGUGCUGCAAUAUAAUUCAGAGAACUUGCACAUAUUUUAAUCCUAGACAUAUCAUCUGCAUGAUAUUUAAUCAUUUUAAUGCAACAUCAGAAACUCAGGAGUCUUGCAUAACCUAAAAUGGAUCACUCUAAUUAAACAAGCUCAUUUUCAGAAUUUUAUAAGAGUGGAACAUUUUAAGCCCCAAAAAAAGAAUUUGUGUCAAAUUAGCUGUAGUUUUAACACAAAGGUUAAAUUAAGGUCUGAUUUAUAAUUAUUUUUUAAAAAGGUGGUGCUCUUUUGUAGGACUGAGCCACAGAAGCACAGAGAGGGGCUUUGCUGUGCAUUCCCUCACCUUGAUCUUCCAAAAUGUGUUGUGAAAUACAUAUCAGAACUUCCAUUCACAGGAUGUCUACUUUUAUUCCUAAAACCUCUCUGUAUGCACGCACACAAAAAUACAAAACACCUAGUGUCCAUAUAAGGUGAUGUGUCCCAGUUCGGUUGCACCUGAGCUUAAAAAAAUGGCAUUAUAAUAAUUCUGUUGUCUUCUAUAUGGUAGCUCUCUGUUCAUUAUGUGACCCGUGUCCAUUGCAUCUUAAAUCGUCAUUUAUAAAUAAGCCUAAUAAGUAGUUUCCAGUUAUAGUUCUUAAAUGAUUGAUGCAUUACUUUAAGGCUAAAGUUCACUUUGUGUCGACCAUAUAUAUAUAUAUAUAUAUAUAUGUACAUAUUUCUUUGCUUAAUGGUCAUGAUGAAUCCUGUUUUACACCUCCAAACUGCACCAAAGCCAUAGCAAAAGCAGCAUGUUGAAUCCAAAAUGCAUGUAGGAAUUAAUGCAGCCUGAAAUCCUUGAAUGCACUGCCUAUGUUUCUGCCUUGUUCUUGGACUGUACAUUUUGUAGAGCAGUUCUUAUAUUUCUUCCAAUGCAGGGAGGGUCAUUAUUAAAGGACAUUGUGUUCAGCCA